AUGGCCGAACCACCUCGUGUCGGAUCCUCUUGUGCGCCUCCGUCCGUUGACCCUAGCGUCUUCGCUGCAUUACCGCACGAUAUUCAAAACGAGCUUGUCUCUGUACACAGCUCUAACGAUGUUACUUUACCUCCAGCUAGCGCAAGUUACACUCCUGAUACGACUGCAAAUGCUUGGACUUGUCAUGUCUGCACGUUUCUUAAUCAUCCGGAGCUUGUUGAGUGCGAAAUGUGCGGCACCUUCUGUAUCUCCAUCACAGACGAUAUCGAUGUAGUGCAGGAUGUAGGUUCACCAGGAUCAAGUCUGGGACGUCAACUUCGUAAGCUUCGUCUACCUUCGUCUCCUGUUUCUAUCAAUUUCUCACAGAAACGAGAACCUACCGCUGAAGAUUUAUUAGUGGCAGCUACAACCAAGUUACAACUUGUUAAAGAUUCCUGGAAUGGUCGAAGAUCCAGGACAAACUCAGCAAGUGUGGGUAAAGCUGCGGUAGUACCGACUCAACAGGCUAUUAUGGAGCUGACAGAGCUCCAGAAGGAUCUUACGCACAAGGUACUGGCUAAUGAUGAGUGGUUCGAAUCGUCAUUAGAAAGACUGUGGCGAGCAGUUGGUGGUAGAUCAGGGGAAGAAGCAUAUGACCGGACUUGCGUGGACUGGGUAAAGCUUGGAUUUCAGAAUGCUAGUCCUGAAACAGAUUUCAGAGGAGGGGGCGUGUUAGCGAUGAAGUGUCUUUUGUACGCUUUUGAAGGACAUCCAAUGGAGAUGAGAACAAUCCAUUACGAACAAAUGCCGGAUGUGAAAGACACAAAACAUGUUAAGAGAUGGUAUCCCGUUUGUGUUGCUGGAAUCAACUUGACGUGUCUUUUAGCUGGUUUAAUACAACUCGGAGACGGAAAUUUCAGUGAAAAGAAGGCAGUGUUUUGGCCUCUAUUUGAAGAGCCUGCUGCUUUUCAUGAGCUCUUUUAUUUGGCAUUUAUCAAGAUGAAUGAGAUUUGGUACCGCUUAAAUGCUACCUAUAUGGAAUUUGGUGUGGUGCUCAAAGCGACACGCAAGGUAGUUGCUCAUAUAUUAGAGCAGGCACCCACUUCAUUAAUAGAGCUACACGAAGCUAGCAAUCAGACACUGGUGGAACGCUUUGUUGUAAGUCUAUCGACUCGUUCUCUUGCGGAGUGGGAGGGAGGUGAAUGCCCAGACCCGUUCCAUACGCUUGAGGCAGAAGAUUCUCUUGUGAUUGCGAAGACUCGACCAACUUCCAAGUCCGAGUCCUCGUCUAAAAGCCAUUUGUUUUGGCCUUUGCACUGA